UAAAAUCUGAAAUCAUAUAAACUUAAUUGAAAUACUACUACUGGGAAGAACAGAACAAACCAACUGAAAAACCGAUUAAAAUUCCGCGAAAACCCUAACCUUCAAAUCCGAAGAAUCGAUUCCCUCAGCAGAAUCAAAGACUUUUGUCCAAUGUCGUCACCGGAUCAUAGAGAUAGCCACUGGAAGAGGUCCCGUCCUCAGUCUGACAACAACGAUGACGACGAUGUUGUUAGUAGAAGCAAAAGGAGACAUCGCGAUAGAGACGCUCUUGACACUACUGUGUUCCGUUACCUCUGCCCUGUUAAAAAGAUUGGGAGUGUCAUUGGGAGAGGAGGAGACAUCGUCAAGCAGCUGAGGAAUGAGACUAGGGCCAAGAUUAAGAUAGGUGAGGCGGUUACAGGAUGCGAUGAGCGCGUGGUUACCAUCUUUAGCAGCAGCAGCGCUAGUGAUGAGACCAAUGCUGGUGAGAAGGUUCUUUCUCCUGCGGAGGAUGCUUUGUUCAGGAUCCAUGAUAGAGUUGUUGCUGAUGAUAAUGGUGGUGGAGAAGAGAAAGUUACAGCGAAGCUCCUUGUUCCUUCUGAUCAGAUUGGGUGUGUGCUUGGGAGAGGUGGCCAAGUUGUUCAGAACAUAAGGAGUGAGACUGGUGCUCACAUUCGCAUCGUCAAGGAUAGGAACAUGCCUCUUUGUGCCUUGAGUUCAGAUGAGCUCAUUCAGAUAUCUGGAGAAGUGGUCAUUGUUAAGAAGGCUCUGCAACAGAUUGCCUCCCGCCUUCAUGAGAAUCCUUCACGUACUCAGAGCCUUCUUGCUUCUGCUCCACUCAUGAGCCAUGCCGGUGGUCCUCGAAUUGUAGGGAUAGCAGCCCCGCUGAUGGAUCCCUAUGGAGGAGGAGGAUACAGAAGUAGUGAUGCACGCCCUUUGUACCAAGCUCCUAGAAACGACCCACCGGUGGCUACGGAUUUCUACAUUCGGCUAGUUUCGCCAGUUGAUAACAUUGCGAGUGUUAUUGGUAAAGGUGGUGCUCUGAUCAAUCAGCUUCGACAGGAAACUAGAGCAACCAUUAAAGUUGAUAGCGCUAGAACCCAAGGAAACGAUUGUUUAAUAACUAUCUCAGCAAGAGAGGUUUUCGAUGAUGCGUAUUCCCCAACCAUAGAAGCAGCCAUGCGGCUGCAACCAAAAUGCAGCGACAAGGUGGAGAGAGAUUCUGGACUUGUUUCGUUCACCACUCGCCUUCUUGUGUCGAGUUCUAGGAUUGGUUGUCUUCUUGGUAAAGGAGGGGCUAUCAUAACCGAGAUGAGAAGAAUGACCAGAGCUAACAUCCGCGUUCUCGGGAAGGAUAAUCUUCCUAAAGUUGCAUCUCAAGAUGAUGAGAUGGUUCAGAUUUCUGGAGAACUUGAUGUUGCCAAGGAAGCUCUUAUACAGAUUACAUCAAGACUAAGAGCCAACGUAUUUGACAGGGAAGGUGGUACUGUUUCUACACUGAUGCCGGUCUUGCCUUAUGUUCCUGUUGCACCAGAUGCUGGUGAUAGAUUGGACUAUGAUAGGAGAGAUAGGGGAAGACCUGAACGCGGGAAUCCCUAUCGUGGUGGUUAUGGCUCAAGUGGUUUGUCUAAAGGUUAUUCACCAUAUGGUGCGCGGGUUGGUGGUAGUAGUAGUGCUUCAUAUGGAGUGUAUGGAGGUUAUGCAUCUGGACGCAGUGGCAGUUAUGGGUUAUCGAGGCAUUCCCCUACCCAUCGACGAAGAAACUAUGAUUAUUAGAAGCUACUGGUGGGUGGUUAAAAAGGUAUAUGAUUUGUAUUAGGUCAUGUUUAAGUUAGUUUAGCCCCCACAAGUUCAUGAGAUAAUCUGAUCUGCUUUGUCCCGGGUGUCAGAUUCUGAUACACUGUUUUUUUUUUUUGUCCCUUUGUGACCUUUUUUCCCCGUCCCAAUAAAAACAGUGUGAGAUCCUGAAGCCUGAAGCCAACCCCCACAGCCCACAGCUGAAGCCUUUACAUUUGGAUGAGAUUAUUUAAGUUUUGUUUUCAUUGUCCGCUUGUGACCUCUUGAUACUGCCAACUUCCUACCCGCUAAAACCAUAUCCAGUUGCUUGUAAUAUCUUUCCAUGGACCAGAUUCAGAAACCUUUAGUUUGGUUGCCGCGUAGUUCCAUUUUUAUGAAUUAUAUAUAACUUAUGUUAAAACGCAUGCUUAAACAUGACUAGGUGUUAUCAUAAAAAUAUUACCUUUCUUUAAAGAUCAUAUGCAGGGGAAGCACUGAGUGAGAGAAUAUAUCACAGUUCUCGCCUAGACAUUGUUCAGGUAAAUAAACCACUUGUGGGCAUCAAUCUGUGAUCCCUUUUGGUUCCCAUGAAAAAGGUAUAUAAAUAUCUUCUUCAUCUUAUCUUUCUCUAUGUUAUAUCUUUUUGCACAAAUAUAUGCUUCUCUGCCAGCAGUCAAGGAAAAGUUGCUAUUUCUGGAAGAUUCUCGUUAUCUUUUGAUCACUAGAUGGUUGGUUCAUUUCGCCAUAGGUGAACACUCGACUUAGUAUAGUUUAGGGCCUAUGAGUGACCGGUUUUCUUGCCUGACCACCCACCCAGCUUUGUUGCCUGUCUCCAAGAAAUCUCUUGAUAUCUGGCUGGAACGUUGAAUGGUGAGUUCAAUUGUUAGAAGACGUUAUAUGUUAUUUCAACUUUUCUGCAAUUAUAGUUAGAACUACUGAAACAGUCUUUGUGUCUCUUGUAAAACUUAUUUGGAUCGGUAAAAGUUUUGUAAGUU